AGAAGAGCCGACAUGCCUUAAAAUCCACAUGAGAAUUCACACGGGAGAGAAGCCCUUCACCUGCCAACAGUGUGGAAAGAGUUUUGACCAAAAAAGAGCCUUUACAGUUCACAUGAGAAUUCACACUAGUGAUAGCGCAUUCACCUGCCAACAGUGUGGAAAAUGUUACAGCAGAAAAGAAAACCUUAGGUACCACAUGAGAGUUCACACAGGAGAGAAGCCUUUCAUCUGCAAACACUGUGGAAAAAGUUUCACUCGAAGAGGAAGCCUUGAAAGCCACGUGAGAAUUCAUACUGGAGUGAAGCCUUACACAUGCUCUCAGUGUGGAAGGAGUUUUACACAUCGACCAACUCUUAAUGCCCACAUGAGAAUUCACACUGGAGAGAAGCCUUACACGUGUUCUCAGUGUGGAAGGAGUUUCGAUCAACUGGGAAACCUUAAUGUCCACAUGAGGAUUCACACGGGAGAGAGCCCUUACACCUGCCAACAGUGUGGGAAAAGUUUCAGUCGAAAAGGAAACCUUGAAAGCCACGCGAGAAUUCAUACUGGAGUGAAGCCUUACACAUGCUCUCA